GCCUCUGGUUUUGCUGCGGCAUGGCCUUGGCGUUGCCACUGGCCAGACAGCGGAAGGAGGAAUGCCGUGGUGAACAUGGUAGUCAACAUUGCUGACAAUGCUGUUCAGAAUUUCCAGAAAGUAAUCUUGUGGCAGCAGGCUGCAGGAGUAUCUAGUAUAGGAUAGAAGACGCCAAGGCACUAGGGCGAGUUGAAAGUGGUUGAAAGGAGGAGACAGAUUGGUUUGGCUGAGGCAUAUCCGGUGGCGGGCUUGCGAUGCUGGGGCGGCACGUGUCCGCUGCAAGUUACCCCUGGAGGAGAGCGGGCCAAGCGGGUGCAUGCGGGAAGGAGCCCCUCCAACAGCUCUGCCGCCGCAGCCCUUAGGCUGUGGCCCCUUGUACAACUGUGCCUGCUCUCGGGCGCCCCAAAGCUCACCGCUGAGUGCCUGUAGUGUCCACUCCUUGCUGCUCUGACGUGUAUGCCCUCCCAGUAUGGCGGACGCUUGCUGCCUGCUGCCCCGCUGUGGGGAGACCAUCAUCUCCCUGGCCAGCACGUCAGGGCGGGCGGGGGCUGCCUGCCAGGCGCGCUUCCUGCCUGCCCCACAGCCCUGGUCAGCUGCCCCAGUGCCAUCAGUGUGGGCCGGCUGCAGGAGCCAGCCGCAGGGGCGCUACUGGGGAGGGAGGUCCGCAGAAGGGCAGCCGCAGCGGAGGGGCAACCGCGAGCAAUGGGGGUUGCCUCCUGGGGGUAGGCCGCUGGCGGGGGGUGGGUUGACGGGUGCGCACACACGCAGAGCGGGGAGCACGGCUGGCGGGGCCAGGCAAGCUGCCGCACGUGCUUCGUACCGGACCCCUGUGACCAGGGACAGGGCCGUUGCCUGCCGGGCUGCGGCCGUGACUUUCCAGGUUGAUGAGGACGAUUACAAGCAGGAAGCGCCCGGUCCUCCCCCGGCAGCCGCCCCCGCAGUUGAGACGGCCCCGGGCGUGGUGCAGCGCGUGGUGGCGGCCGUGCAGCGCGGGCUGGACCUGAACGAGUGGGUCCUGCGCGACUUCCGGCAGACGGUGGCCGCUGUGCGCGCCUGGGAGGGCCACAUGGCUGCGCUGAGCGACGAGCAGCUCAAGGGGCAGACGGAGCGCUUCCGUGCGCGGCUGCGGGGGGGCGCGACGCUGGAGGACCUCCAGGCGGAGGCGUUUGCGACGGUGCGCGAGGCGGCGCGGCGCACGCUGGGGAUGAGCCACUUCGACGUGCAGGUGCUGGGGGGGGCGGUGCUGCACUGUGGCGCGGUGGCGGAGAUGCGCACGGGCGAGGGCAAGACGCUGGUCUCCACGCUGCCCGCGUACCUAAACGCGCUGGCGGGGCACGGCGUGCACGUGAUCACGGUGAACGACUACCUGGCCAAGCGCGACGCCGAGUGGGUGGGCCGCGUGCACCGCUUCCUGGGCCUCUCCGUGGGGCUCAUCCAGGCCAACAUGGAGACGGCGGCGCGGCGCGCGGCGUACCUGUGCGACAUCACGUACGCCAACAACAACGAGGUGGGGUUCGACUACCUGCGCGACAUGGUGGAGCUGAACAAGCACCUGAUGCGCCACCGCGAGGCGCGGCCGUUCCACUUCGCCAUCAUCGACGAGGUGGACAGCGUGCUCAUCGACGAGGGCCGCAACCCGCUCAUCAUCAGCGGGCCCUCGGGGGGCAACACCGACAAGUACCCCCAGGCCGCAGCCGCCGCAGCGCGCAUGGUCAAGGACCAGCACUACAAGGUGAAGGAGGGCAGCCGUGCGGUGGAGCUGCUGGAGGAGGGCGUGCUGGAGGCGGAGGUGUUUCUGGGCGUGGCCGACCUGUGGGCGGAGGACAACACGUGGGCCGACUUCGUGGUGACGGCGGUGCGCGCCAAGGAGGGCUUCAAGCGCGACAAGGACUACAUCGUCAAGGACGGGCAGGUGAUCAUCGUGGACGAGUUCACGGGGCGCAGCCAGCCGGGGCGGCGCUACAGCGACCACCUGCACCAGGCGCUGGAGGCCAAGGAGGGCGUGCCCAUCCAGCCCGAGAUGCGCACCAUCGCCGAGAUCACGCACCAGGCCUUCUUCCGCCUCUACGCCAAGCUCGCCGGCAUGACCGGCACCGCCAAAACCGAGGAGUCGGAGUUCGUGCGCGUGUACAAGCUGCCGGUGGUGGUGGUCCCCACCAACGUGCCCGCCGUGCGGGCCGACCUGCCGCUGGAGGUGUACCCGAGCGCGCGCGGCAAGUUUGGCGCGGUGGCGCGCGAGGUGCUGGCCAUGACGCGCGCGGGGCGGCCCGUCCUGGUGGGCACCACCAGCGUCAGCAGCUCCGAGGUGCUGUCCGACAUCCUGACCGCCAACGGCAUCUCGCACAACCUGCUCAACGCGCGCCCGCAGUACGCCGCGCUCGAGGCGGAGAUCAUCGCGCAGGCGGGCCGCUUCGGCGCCAUCACGAUCAGCACCAACAUGGCGGGCCGCGGCACGGACAUCCUGCUGGGCGGCAACGCGGAGAUGCUGGCCGGCACCCUGCUGCGCAAGUACCUCGACCCGCUGCUCUGCCCGCCCGGCCCGGAGCCGCCCGCGCUCGGCCCCGAGGAAGAAGCGGCGCCGCCGCCCGUCACGCAGGUGCUGCCGUCCGUGCAUUGCAGCACGCCUACGUGGGUCCUGCUCGCACAAGCCCAGAAAGCGGCCCGCGUGGUUGGCCCCUUUGACACGGACGCCGCAGCGGCCCUGGUGGCGCGCGCCACGGAGCUGGGCCUGGAGCGCAGCCUGCGCGCACACUGGGAGCGCCACGUGGCCGCCCCGCACGAGAUGCCGCCCCGCCUAGACGCCCUGCUGCGCGAGGGGGAUGCGGCGGCGCCCAGUGGAGGCGAGCAAACUGCCGAGCGGCGGCAGCUGCUUUUCUGGAUGGGCGCUGCCUACUACGCGCUGCACAAGGACUGCUCGGCGCAUUGCAAGCAGGAGGGCGAGCGUGUGCGCGCACUGGGGGGCUUGCACGUGAUCGGCACCCAGCUCCACGAGUCACGCCGUGUCGACAACCAGCUCAAGGGCCGCGCUGGGCGGCAAGGCGACCCCGGCUCCAGCAAGUUCAUGGUCUCGCUGGACGACGACCUGAUGCUGCACUUCCGCGCGGUGCUGGACCCCACCCGCCUCUCCAAGUUCGUCGACGCCGUCUUUGCAAACGACGACUACAACAUCGCCGCCUACACGCCCGCCGUCGGCAACGAGUUCCGCAAGCUGCAGGUGCGCAUGGAGAAGCAGCACCUGCGCGAGCGGCGGCAGGUGAUGGACUUCGACGCGGUGCCCGAGGUGCAGCGCGCCUACAUCUACACGCUGCGCCAGCAGCUGCUCACCGCGCCCGCCGCCGCCGUCGAGGCGUGCAUGUUCCAGUACAUGCAGGACUGCGUCGACGACGUCAUCGCCCGCCACGCGGCCGCCAAUCAGCCCCCUGCCACGUGGGACCUGGCGGCCAUUCUGGCGGAGGUUCAGCAGCUCGGGGACGCGCACGUCAACGAUGCGCCUCCCUUCUCGCUGCCCCCCCCUUCCGCGCUCUUGGCGGAGCUGCAGGCGCUGCCGUCCCCCCCCGGCCCUGCGCUGGCGCUGCCGCCGGGCGUGCCCCUGCGCGACCUCACCAUCCAGGAGCAGCGCGCCAUCCUCGCGCGCCAGGCCCGCAGGAGCGCCCAGCGCGGCCCCGAGUGGAGCGGGCCGUGGCGGGAGGCCGUGCAGGUGCUGCGCAGCUUCCUGGCGGAGAGCCUGAUCGCGCGGCACCACGCCAUGGCGGCCCUGCUGCCUGACGCUCCGGUGCAGCAGCAACAGAUGCUGACGCAGCUGCUGGUGGUGCACCUGGACGACUACUGGAAGCUGCACCUGGCCAACCUGAAGCGGCUGCGCUCAGCGGUGAGCGUGCGAGGCUUCGGGCAAAUGAAUCCGCUCGAAGAAUUUCGGAUAGAGGGAUGUAGGCUGUUCCUAGGCAUGCUUGAGACCAUGCGACGAAACAUGGUGAAAAUCAUGGUGAUGUCACCUGGCAUGAGGCAAAAGACGUGGGUGGACCAUGAGUUGACCAUGCUAGGACAAGAAGACCCACAAAGUGAUAGUCGGCUCUGAGUUCCGUUGGAAACUAUGUUGGCGAACUCGAUUGGGUGGAUGCGACAUCAAGCUCGCAAACGAUGUGUCCGUCGAGUUGACUCCUAGAGCAGCAACCUGUUCGGCAAUCCCAAUGACGGCCUUGGUUUAGCCCGGGCAUGUCUACUCGCAAUUUAAACUGGUUGCAUCUUCAAUCGGCAGGCACAUACAAACCUCAAACGGUGGCUCAAUCUGGACGGUACUCAUGAGAUCUCUGUAGAUUUAAGCAGUAACCUAACAUGUUCAGACUCACAAGGCAGCCGGCCGCCUAAACGGUACAACUGGUGCAGAAAUUUACAAAUAGAUCUACAAGGCUAGUGUGUGUAUAUAUGCAUGCUUUGGUCUUGGACCUUGUACAUGGAAAGGUUGACGCUUGGGUUGAUACGCACGAAUUUGCCG